AUGCAUGCUCUUCCUGCGCGGAAGUGGGUCGCCUGUCUCCUCCUUGCCUUCCUUUUCCUCCUUCCUCCCAGCCUCUCUCCCUCGAAGACUUUCGGAGGAGCUGCUAAGCGGCGCAACGACGUACCACAAUGGUCCACUUCCGCUACUGCUUGUCCGGCGUCGUCCUGCUCGGGUCCACAACCGCCUCGCCCGUCCUCCUCCCUCGUCAAGGCGGAAGGCAGCGGCCUUCCCCCCAACGCUACGGUUCCGCAACGUUCUGACGGCAACGUCACCUACCGGAUCGUGCCGACCACGUCGAACGGCUCGUCCUUCCUCGACCCGGUCGUCGUCUCUCACCCUCUCGGCGUCAAUGCGACUGGCUGGGACGUUCCGUUCAGCAACGGCUCGGAGCCGUACCCUGGCGCCCACCUAAUCCUCGGACUGCUCGACCCGAACCCGGACUACGCCGUCAAGUCCAACUUUGACUUCCAGUCGCUCAACCUCGCUUUGAACCAGGAGCUAAUCGAACUCGACCUCUUCCACAACAUGCUCGCGCGCUUCUCGGUUGAAGAGUUCGAGGCGGCCGGCUUGAACGCGGACGACCGCACGCUCAUCGAGCACAUGGCCGACCAGGAGGUUGGACAUGCUAUCGCCAUCACCAACAUGCUCGGCGUUGACCGCGCGGCAAAGCAAUGCGUCUACCAGUACCCCUUCAACACCGUCAAGGAGGCUAUCCUGUUCUCACAGAUUCUGACGCGCUGGGGCGAAGCAGGGGUUUACGGCUUCCUGAACCAGCUCGACUCGCGUCCGUCGGCUCAGAUCCUCCUCCAGUCUAUCACGACCGAAGCGCGCCAGCAGAUGGUGUUCCGCCAGUUCCAGGGCCUUCCCGCCAUGCCCGAGUGGUUCGAGACCGGCAUUCCUCAGUCCUACGCCUGGACGCUCCUCUCGCCGUACAUCCAGAGCUGCCCUCCCAACAACCCUCGCAUCGAAUUCACCCGCUUCCCGCUCAUCAACAUUACCAACCAGCCAUACGCGCUUGACGGCCAGCCGGGCAUCAACUCGAACUACACGCUCACGGAGGGCGCCGGCCGUACCCUCCAGUUCACCUGGGAGCCGCUCAACAAGACGGUCGGCUACGACGGCCUCUACAAGACGCAGUCCGUCGCCGGUGAACCCAAGUUUAUGGCGUUCAUCAGCCAGCUCAACGUCACCUACGCGCCGCUUCAGAACGUCUCAGACUACUCGGCUUCGGCCGUCGUGCCCAACGGCACCGUCUUCGCCGGCGAAGUCCAAAGCGUCGGCUCCCUUUUCGUCGCGUUGACCGACAGCGACCCCUUCCUUACGCCUUACUCUCUCCCUCUCAUUGUGAACCAUACUGUCGCGGUCGGGUUGUACCAGCUUUCGUGA